UCAGAAUUAUCGUGGUUUGAGGUGCUUCUGUUGCCAAUGUGUGUUUUAUAUGCAGUCACAUCGGCUUUGCUUAUUGCCGGCAUUCGACAUAGAAAUAUCAAAUUUCUUUUUAAGGCGUCGCUAAUGUAUCCAACUUUGGCAGCACGAGCAAUAUUUGUGGCGUUCGUACAAGCUUUCGGUGUAUCGACGGUUGUGAGACCGAAUGCAACCACUUCAAUCCACACGACACAUUUGGUCAAUGAAGAUGGUCAGUGGAAGCCUGCAUCGCAACGUGAAAAUCGUCAUCGAGCCACAACAGACGAACCAUCGGUGGCGUUGAGAUUGGUCUUCUUGACGUUUCUAAUGAUCUUCAUAUCAAUAUUUGUUUUUUAUACGAUCUAUUUGGUGGUGCGUUGUGUGAGAUCCAGAGUUGACGUGUUCAGGACAACGUCGGCUAUCAAGGCUAUCCAAAACCUCGAGGUGACCANAUCGCAGGACAGAUUGGUGAGUGAACAUCCAAUCAUCCGCAUUCGCUGA